CACGUUUUUCUCAGCCUUGUGCCUUCUGCUCGCAAGAACACUGCCUCUUAUGGAGAGGCACUGCCACCAUGGAGCUGAGUAUUGACUGCACAACACUUAAAUGCCCAACCCACCCUGAGCAUUCUCAGCCCGGUGUUUAUCUCGAACCAGAGAACCCUCCCAAGAAUGUCGUCAAGUCAAAGCUCGCAGUGGACAUGGUCAGAUGACCAUCAACGAUACUACAGAUGCGUUCACAGCGAUGAAGCAAAUCAACCGAUCUUCGAGUGGACCCCAGAGUAUACAGACUCAACUGAAAAUGCAAGAAGUUCUAGAGCAAGAGGCAAACAACCUGCGCAGCCGAACCCUGAGCAACCUUUCCCACCGCCAGAGGAUACAGAGUCCGGUCCUCCUCCGCAUGGCUCUUCUGAAAAAGAGCGAUACGUCCGUCAUGCUGAUAUCGGACAACAACUUCCUACGGAACCAAAUUAUAGUCAGAACUUGCCGUCCGCUUCUGAAGGUGAAGGGAUCAGAAAUGGUGCCGGUGAAGUAACAAGGACCAAGCAGCCUCGUGGUGGUGCGGCACCGCCCCCACCUUACAAACCUGCCUCUGCAUCGAUAUCUUCAUCAAGCUCGAGCACGCAAGAACGCGACGUUGUUGUCCCCACAACGACUUCUCUUCGACCCGGUUCAUCCUCAUCCUCAGAUUGGAUAUGGAGCCCAGUAUAUCAGAGGUACUACCGUAUGAUCACAGAUGAUCACAAAGGCGAAACUCGGUAUGAAUGGGCCCAGGAAGCUCAAGGGUCUCAAGAUUCAGGCAAGACUAAUUCGGCACAACAACUGGGGGAUCUCAACAUAGCCCGUUCAGCCUCCUUUGACACGAUUGUCGACCCUAAUAUGGCUCCUUCAGGUGAGUCGUGAAAAGGAAGGAUAUUAUGUGCAUUAGCUUAUCGAGGUCAGCUCCUCUCGACAUCAGGAGGUCGCUGCGCUUCACAGGAACACCGGAUAAAGGGUGGUAUGAACCACUCGACAGCAGU